GAUACAAGUACAAGGUGUGAAUCAAUGAAGAUAUAUUGUACAUGUGAUGGGGAAGUGAAUGAUUAUUCUUAGAUUAAAGGUUUUGGAUAGGAGAAAAUGUAUAAAAAACUGCAAACAUAUCGCAAGUAUAUAUUAUUGAUUAUAUCAUUCGUCAUUGUCAUGGUUAUUUGGCAGAUAUAUUCACAUUCAGACACUGACGUAUUAGAGCAACCGGUAGUUUUAACACACAACACAUCUCAUUGGGUAAAUAAGACGUCUAAGACUGUGUUGAUAUGGACCGGAUUCUUUUUUGACGACACCUGGGUGGAUUCAUUUAAGAACGCGUUUAAACUAUAUAAAUGUAAGUGUAUUGCUACAGCAGAUAAAUCGAAAAUAAAAUCUGCAGAUGCAGUUGUAUUUCAUCUCCAUGAUAUAGAUAGUUUAAUACCCGACUAUAGGGAUGAAAGUCAGGUGUGGAUAGUUACCAAUGCAGAGCCACCUCCCAGAGUGUUUACUAGUAGAGAUCUGAGACGAGUAAACAACAUGUUUAACUGGACACUUACCUAUAGACGUGAUUCAACGAUACAUGCUUUCUACGGUCGAUUUGGGCCUCUAUCAAAUAAGGAACAACUCAAAUAUACUCCAAUCAAUUAUGCAGCGACGAAAUCCAAAAUGGCAGCAUCGAUCGUUAGUGAUUGCGCCGAUAAUGCGGAGCGAUACAGAAUACUUCAAGAACUAGCCCGCUAUAUCAACCUUCAUCAAUACGGGAGUUGUGGAACUCUAUCCUGCCCACGAACAGGUGAAAGCAAAUGCAGGUCAAGCCAAUAUCGAUUUAGGAUUGCAUUCGAGAAUUCAAACUGCAGGGAUUAUAUCACCGAGAAGUUUUGGAACACAUUAAAGGACAACGUUAUUCCUGUUGUGAACUGGCCAUGGCUUGAGGAAACAGCAAUGACAGAACUUGUACCGCCGAAAUCUUUCAUUAAUUUACAUGACUUUGAAACCGUCGCAGAUCUAGGUAAAUAUUUAAACUAUCUCACUCACAAUGAUGCAGAAUUCAACAGUUACUUUGAAUGGAAGAAACAUUAUCGACUGCUUAUGAGUGUACCGUUCUCCAGCAUCGACUUAUGCACUAAACUGCAUCAGCUACAGAAGGAUCAGGAAAUAACAGACUUGCACAGAUGGUUACAAAAUGAUACGAGUACAUGUAAGCCCAUUUCGGUUUUCAGUUCGCUCCGUAUAUAUUUAGAACUCUUUUUUUCCGGCAAGGGAUGGUGACAAGACCAAAUGCUUGACUUGGACUAUGUGUGUCGCAUGACAUUUUUUUGUGAAAAAGCAACAUGGCUGCUUUGCUGAGAGUUGAUAAUAGUUACAUGUAUUUUAUACCUUAUCCUAUUGAAUAGAACCUGUAUUGACAUCUUUCAAACAGAAUAAUUCACCAUUAUGAAAAUAGAGGAACUAUUGGUGAUUACUUUGAUUUGUAUCAUUGUCUGUUAUUGAACUCCCUUGAUAAUGAACCCUCUACACCGAAAGGAGAAACCAAUGACGACUUUCGAACGUUACGAAAAUAUGGCAGGUGACAGGAGUGUAUAUUUCAGACGAAAGAAGAAAUGUGCACACUACCAAAAAAUGAUACUAUGCAAUCAAAACAGUUUUUUCGGCAUGACUAUUGCUUUGAUUUUGAAAACCAUACCUCUCAAGACUUUUAUGAAAAUAAAUAAAUGUGAAAUAAACAAAAUAUAAUCUACAACAGUGUUCGAAAUGUAAAUCUUCCAAGAUGAGAAGAACUUUUUAACAAUGGACUUGAUUGUUGACUGACUGAGCUUAAUUCUUGAGCUUAAACCGAAAAGAACCAACAAUAAUCCGCACAUACACAGCUUUAACAAACAUGAGGUAUGUACAUCCGUCAUGUUUGUACAUACUAAUGCAAGAGAGCCAAACGUGAAAUGCUAAAUAUAAAAUAUAGUAAAACAUAUUGACAACUUCAGACGCUGGUAGUUAUGGGCGCUAAGGUCAGACAAAAUAGGUGGUGAUUUGGUGUGGAAAUGUAAUAGGAAAACCUAUCUCUAUAGGAGUAAAGUCCAAGGUUAAGAAUGCGAUGUGGUAGCCGGGGUAUAUAGUUAAAGGUCAUGUCUAUACAUGUGAAAGUAUGUGUUCACUUCCCGCAUUUUGUCUUCAUGACUAAAUGGUAACUUAUAAGGGCAGAACGUUUACGAUUUGCCCUAAUUUAUUUUAAUAUUAAUAGCUAUAUUUAUAGCAAUAGGAAUGAGCUCAAGUUGUACAACAUAUACAAAGCCCUUUCAUAUAAUUUUUUAAAAUUAGUAUUUAAUAUUCAAGAUUUUAGAUCAUGAAAUUCUAAUACAAAUUACAGUGUACAACAAUGUUGAUAUUGAUUUAUAUUAUUAUUCACUGCUAUAUUCAAAACAGUAAGUAACAAAGUGUUUUGAUGCAGUGUGACCGUCGUGCUUGUUCAAUGUAAACUUCAAAUUAAAAUGAUAAAAUUAUUAUCAUCAGCGGUACAAUACUUAUUUAAAAAACUGAUAAAACCAUUAAUAUUUGAUUAAAUUAUUUUUAAAAUAACUACAAGUAUACUAUGCCCAUAUGCAGGCACAUUUAAUACAUAAUGCUUUUGUAUUUGUCAUAUUAAAAUUUACUGUUUGCAUACAACGCUUUCGUUUAAUAAAUAGGAAACACUCGAAUGUUCAUUUGUGUUUAUUUUGAUUUAUGUGUGCGUACACGUGUAAGUAUGUGUGGUGCCAGUGUAUGUAUUUGUGGACAUUGUAGCUCGGUAAAAUGGUAGAUCCUAUAGAAAUAUGAAAGGGAAAAUUGACACAAUUGUGAUUUCAAAAUGUAUAUUGGAUAGCAUUUUCAAUAUAUCCUUCGCGUAUUAAACAAUGGGUACAUGAUAAUAUGUAAAUACGUGCGGAAAAAAUACAUUAAAUGCUUUGUAGGCAAUCAAACCAUAUCUGUGUUUUAAUAU